UAUGAUUUGAGUUUUUAUAGAUAAGAACACUUUGGUUCAUUUUGAUAUUAAUCAAUUAACAACAACUAAAAAUUAACUUGAUGAUAUAUCUAUGUAUACGUACAUACACUUGUAUUAUAUCAAAGUAACAUUCGCAUUGAAUAUACAUACUUUACAUGUUUAUACAUCCGUACAAAUCGAACACAAAAAUGGCUUCUGCUAUUUUAAAUUCCGUCCUUCUGGGAUUAGUUACUUUUCUAGGCAGAGUGGAGUCGCAGAAAUGUAUUCUCAACAUGACAAGUUUAGAAUUGCAACCGAAUUUUGAGUUCAACAGAUUUAUGGGAAGAUGGUUCGAGUUGAGCACUUGGUUUCACCGUGUUGUGAACAAGGACAAUAAAUGGGAUGACCAUUUCAGGAUCAUUACUAGUAGAACAUUAAUUAUGGCGGACUAUAUGACCGUCGGGCGACCACGAAAUAGCACUGGUGCUUGCGUCAAAUGGUCCGGGCAUCAACUCAUUGCAGGGCCUCCGUCUCAUCCCGCUAGACUUACUUGGAGAAUUAAAACAUCACGAGGCACAUUUGCCGAUAGAGCAUUGUAUGUUGUUAGUACGGACUAUGUGAAUUACGCCAUUACUGUGGAGUGCAUUAUGGGGGCAACGCUAAACGCAAAUGGCACGUGUACGCCUGAUCCAAACGUCUACGUUCUUGGACGAAAAACUUCUCUUGAGCCAGAUCAAUACGCGAAUGUCAACAAUAUAAUCAUUACAAGGAUUUGUCAUACGGACCUACAAGAGUUCCAUCCUACAUUUCAUCAAAAACAAUGCCCAAUCCCCACAGCAGGAGCGUCCACAGUGCAGUGGAGCCGAAUUUACAUCUUGUUGUUCCUUAUGGCAAAUACGAUGAUGACGUCGACUCAAUAAAACAUACAGAUUGAUGCUAUAACAAGUGUUGCUAUAACAACACAAUGGCGAGAAUAAACAAACACAUAGUCUAGAAUUGACGUAUAUAAAUCUAGUGAUCGUUUGAUGGAAAUGAACAUCUCAAAAUGUUUUUUAUAAAUUAUUUAUUUCCAAAGAAGAAUCAUCUUGAUUCACGAGGUUUCAGUUGCUUAAACUGCAACACCUUGGAAGUCAAAGAUGUAGAAGAAUGUACAUAUGUAGAAGAAUAUACAUAUAACAUUCACAUAUUAUGGUUUUGCGAAACAGCAUUUAAAGCCGAAAUUGAGUAA